AUGACUUUAACUAAUCCCGCCAGCCUCUUAAGCGAUCCAUGCAUUCCCAUCGUCGUAGAGAUGGGUUGCGGCGGGAAGUACGAGUUCAGCAUCUACAAGAAGGUGUUGCAGGCAUUCAGCACCAAAGAGUUUCCAUACUUCGUCGGAAAGAUCAUCAUGCCGCCCAGCGUCACUACCUCUGCAAUGGAAGAUCUGGUCAACUGGAUAUACGUGACCUGCAGAACUUCCGAACUCACCCAGAUCCCGAUGCAAGACUCCUUCAUUGGGAAGGUCUCCCUCUACAGAGCAGCCGUGACCCUGGGUAUCGGCCAUGCUGAAAACGCGCUCUGGGACCAACUCAAGUCAGAAAUCCAGGACAUGGCUUUCGAGGCCGAGCACCUGGAGGCUGUCUACUGCGCGUUCGAGCCUAAUGAUUAG